AUGCCGUCGACAAUAUUAUACUUGGUCGCGUCACUGGUCGCAUACCAAGUGUACCGAUAUGUAUCUGGAUUGCGGCAGAACAUUGCCAAGGCCAAGGCGACUGGCCUGCCAUACUUUGUCGUCCCCAUGAGUCCAAUGAACCAACUUGGCCAACUCGUGGCACCCGUGGUGCUUGGGAUAUGGAAGAUGCUUCCGCGCAAGUACUGGGAGGAUAUUCUGCCCGUCUUGCUACCCGACUGGCAAUAUGUCUAUCGAUUCGAAGUGUUUGCGAAAUUGGGCGAAAACUUUGUCGUCGCUUCACCAGGAGAGGUGUGCCUGUAUACCGCCAGUGCCGAGGCGAUCCACCAGAUUACGUCGAAAAGAGAAGCAUUCCCGAAGCCCACUGAAAUAUACAGGAUGCUGGAUCUAUACGGACGGAAUGUAGUGACCACCGAGGGAGCUGAGUGGCGAGCACAUCGAAAAGUGACUUCGACGUCUUUCAACGAGAAGAACGCUGCCCUGGUGUUCCACGAGACUAUUGCGCAGACGUACGGACUAUUGAAGCAGUGGCUCGGACCAGAUGGGAAGGGAGGCAAAACCAUCAAGACUGUCGAGGACGAUACAAUGACGCUCAUGCUGCACAUUAUUGGCUAUGCUGGUUUUGGGCUUCGGUUUUUAUGGUCUGACCAGACCAUGAGUCCAGACAUUGACCCCAAGGCCGCCAAAUUCUCAUCACUCGAAGCCCCUGCCGGCCACAGCUUAAACUUCAAGGAUUCGCUCGCAGGAGUCUUGCACGGCAUUAUAUGGUUGAUCCUGAUGCCCAGGUGGCUACUGCGGUGGCUACCAUUCCAGAGUCCCAAAAUGGCACUCACCUCGGAGAACGACCUCGUCAAAUACUUCAGGCGAUUCGUCCAGGACAAGAUCCAAGACACGCGAGAAGGCAAAUCCGAUGAAGGCAUGAACAUCAUGGGCAUGCUCGUCCGCACCAGCUACGGCGAUGAGUCCAAGGACACAAAGUUGGCUCGCCUUACAGACGACGAAAUCAUUGGCAACGCGUUUGUCAUGAUGGUUGCAGGGCAUGAAACAACAGCAAACGCAACGCACUUUACCCUCGUGCAACUGGCCGCAAAUCCCGAAGUGCAACGACAUGUUCAGCAGGAUGUCGACAGAAUCUUUGGAGACGCGGAUUCAAAGACCUGGGACUACGACCAGUGCGUCAACCCGCUCAUGGCGUCCAAUGUCGCCGCUUGCAUGAACGAGACUCUUAGGGUCAUGCCUCCGGGCGUCGAGAUCCCUAAACGGGUGUCACCAGGCCAAGACCAGGUGCUUACCGUGGACGGAGAGAAGCAUAUUUUGCCGGCAGGCGCGCGCAUCGGUCUCAUCGCGGUCGCAGCGCAGCACAACCCCCGGUACUGGCCCAGCAAGCCGAGCAAGAUUAGCGACGCCGAUAAUGAUGUUCUCGACUGGGUGCCCGAGAGAUGGUUCCGCAAGCAGGCUGACGGUCACAACACGGAGGUUGAGGGUGCCGACAAUGAGGACUUUGGUGGUUUCGCAGGUCCUGACACCAGCGUGCAGCUCUUCCGGCCGGUGCGCGGCAGCUAUAUCCCCUUUUCAGACGGCGCGCGAUCAUGUCUGGGUAGACGGAUCGCCCAGGUUGAAAUGGUCGCGGCACUGAGUACCAUCUUCCAAAAGUACAGCGUUGAGCUGGCCGUUGAUGAAUGGGCCAGCGACGACGAGGUGGACAAGAUGAGCAAGGAGCAAAAGAGAGAGCUCUAUGCGAAAGCGCAGGCCAAGGCCCGGGAAACUAUGAGAAGCGCCACGAGUAUGAUCACGCUCAAGCUGCAUGGAAACAAGUUUGUGCCGAUUAGGAUGGUGCCGCGGGGCGAAGAGAGAUUUGUUAGCUGGAUCGAGUAA